AUGAUAACCUUUGUAGUAUUAUUAUUUCUAUUCUCAAUAUUUGAUGCUACAAUCUCUAUUACUUAUACAUGUGAUCGCCGUGCAACAUGUGGUUGUUCGAAACGAUCAACAAUUAUUUUAUCAAAAAUUAUUGAUGGUGAACCAGUAACUAUUUCUCACUCAUGGGGAUGGAUGGCAUCAUUAAGACGAAAUGAUAUACAUCAGUGUGGUGCUUCACUUAUAACUCCAUCAUUUGUUAUAACUGCAGCACAUUGUGUUAAUGAUAUACCAUCAUUAUCUUGUUUAUCACUUAAUUUUGAUAUAAAUAAUUUAUCAAAUAUUGGUGAACUACGUAAUGUUACGAAAAUGUAUAUUCAUCCAUUAUAUGAUCAACGAUUAUAUAUAAAUGAUUUAGCUAUAUUACAUCUUCACAAGCCAAUUGAUUUAAGUAAUUCAAAUAUGUCUAUUAUAUGUUUACCAGCAAUAACAGAUUUUAAUUUGGAACAAGCUGAAUAUCCACCUAUAGGUGAAAAUCUUAUCGCAAUCGGUUGGGGCACAACAGAACCUUUUGUACGUAUGCCUUCACCUAUACUUCAACAAGUUACUGUUAAAACAAUUGCACGAACAGAUUCGUCUUGUUUAAAUACGAUCAAUGAUGAUAUUGUACAGUUUUGUGCUGGCCUUCCUGAAGGUGGAAAAGAUACAUGUCAAGGUGAUAGCGGUGGUCCGUUAAUGUUGUUUAAAAAUGGACGAUGGCAAUUAAUUGGUAUUACAAGUUAUGGAGGAAUUUGUGCAAGUCCAGGUUUUGCUGGUGUUUAUACACGAUUAGCUUAUUAUGAUUCAUAUAUACGAAAAAUAAUUCAAUCCGAUGAUUCAUUAAUAUCAAAUAUUAAAAAACUAGAAUUAGAAAAUGAAUCACGUUCUAGCACAGAAAUUCUUUAUCAUAAACCAAUGAUUCAAUUGUAUUUUAUUUGCUUAUUUAUUCCUUAUAGAAAAUUAUUCUAA